UCCUCACAUAGCGGAGCUCCGUCAAGUGUCACGGGGGGAUUGUGAAGAGGAAAAACAAGCCCGUGUUUCUGCCGAAGAUGCCGCUGGAAAACGACGACACUCCCCGCAGAACCGCGGAGUAGAAGCCCGUGUCCGCGGACCCUGUGUGAGGUGUUGUUUCACCAGGUGGAGGAAGAGGAGGAGGGAUGCCGGCGGAGAGCGGUAGCAGCGGCGGCACCGCCCGUCAGGUCAAGCAGAAGAGGAAGUCUCACAGCUUGUCCAUCCGCAGGACCAACAGCACCGAGCAGGAGCGGUCCAACCUGCAAAGAGACAUGCUGGAGGGACAGGAUUCCAAACUGCCUCUGCCUCUGAGGAACAAUCUGCUUGACCUGUUCACGCAGAUCGAGAGGGAGUUUGAAAACCUCUACAUUGAAAACCUGGAGUUACGCAGAGAAAUCGAAACGUUGAACGACCGUUUGACCGGUGAGGGACAGACUGUGGACGGAGCGGAUUUAGCCAAAGGAGCGCUGAAGACAAAAGCGAGUCACAGCACAAGUCAGCUGUCACAGAAACUGAAGACGACGUACAAAGCAUCAACAAGCAAGCCGCGUUCAAACUCUUGCCACGCCAGAGUCACUGGAUCCCGCAACUUCAGUGUAACCGGUUGGGAGUUGUGGGGCGGAGACUCAUGGAUUGUGUCCAGCUUCAAAGCUACCACGUCCAGAGCAGUGUGUCAGCUGGUCAGAGAGUAUGUUGGCCACAGAGAUGGCAUCUGGGACCUCGGCAUCACCAGGACACAACCAGUGGUGCUGGGCACAGCGUCUGCAGACCACACUGCGAUGCUGUGGAGCAUUGAGACGGGGAAGUGUCUCCUCAAGUAUCUGGGACAUCAAGGUUCAGUCAACUCCAUAAAGUUCCACCCCACAGAACAGAUGGCUCUGACAGCCUCUGGAGACCAGACGGCUCACAUCUGGAGGUACAUGGUGCAGCUGCCGACUCCUCAACCUGUAGCUGAGCAGCAGCAGACGCCCUGCGAAGACGACGUGGAUUUCUCAGACAAAGACGAAGCGGACGGCGAAGUCGAGGGUCCGAACGACUGUCCCUCCGUUCGCCUGGCAACCACGACUCUGCGCAGCCACCAGGGUGUCGUGAUCGCUGCCGACUGGCUGGUGGGAGGCAAACAGGUGGUGACGGCGUCCUGGGACCGAGCUGCCAACCUUUAUGACGUGGAGACGUCGGAGCUUGUCCACUCACUCACUGGCCAUGACCAGGAGCUGACCCACUGCUGCACACACCCGACCCAGCGUCUGGUGGUCACCUCGUCCAGGGACACCACCUUCAGACUGUGGGACUUCAGAGACCCGUCCAUCCACUCUGUCAACGUGUUCCAGGGACACACAGAGACAGUGACGUCGGCGGUGUUCACAUUGGGAGACAACGUGGUGUCCGGGAGCGAUGAUCGCACCGUUAAAGUGUGGGACCUGAAGAACAUGAGGUCGCCCAUUGCAACCAUCCGCACCGACUCUGCCGUCAACAGGAUCAGUGUGUCGGCAAACCAGAAAAUCAUCGCUCUUCCUCACGACAAUCGGCAGGUCCGGCUGUUUGACAUGUCCGGUGUGCGACUCGCUCGACUCCCGCUCAGCAACAGACAAGGUCACAGGAGGAUGGUCUGCUGCUCUGUCUGGUGUGAAGACAACGUCUCCUGUAACCUUUUCACCUGCGGCUUCGACCGACAGGCCAUCGGCUGGAACAUCAACGUUCCUGCUCUGCUGCAGGAGAAAUGAUCUGCUCCUCCUCCUCCUCCUCCUCCUCCACCCAGAGUUCAUGUUUCCAGUGUCAAACGUCUACAGACUGCAGGUUUAGUUUUAUCCAGUUCAGGUAAAUUCACCACGUGUUAAACCCUCAUGUGUCGUCCACUGUGAUGCUCGAUGCUCUCUGACGUCCAGGAUUGACAAACACGUCCAUCGCCGUGUUUCCAGAACCUUCUCUACUGGGAUUGACAAACUCAUCAUAAGUGGAAUCACUCAGAAAGUCGUUUAAUUUAAAGCCGCAUCUGUAAUCAUUUUCAAUUGGUAAACAAAUAAUUUCCAAAUUCAUGAAUCUGAACUAAUACACUGGAGGGAAUUCUGCUCAAUUUGUUGGACAGACCCAAAGAGAAUCUCCCAUGACCCUUGUGUGGGCCCCGACCCAGACUUUGGGAACCACUCCUCUGAAUCACUUUCACAGAACACAGUGAUUUCUGUCACAAACAAACAAACCUGGUCCAAGAAGUGAAAAAUUUAUCAGAAAAAGUAUGAGGUGCUGCUUUAAGCUGACAAAUAUUCUUCUUUAUUUAGAAACAGAGAAGGUCACACUGAUGCUUUUAAACCAAACUUUCCUUCUUUUGUCUUUUUCAGAAGUUCAUCUUCUCUACAGAAUGUAAAGAAAAAAAACUCUUUAGCUACUUUUUCCUUCAGAGUUUCAGUAAAACAAAUGAUUCAGUGGCUCAUGAAAUACACAGCUUCAUAUCUGUAGACAUCAGUAAAAUAAUAAUAAUAAUAAUUACGAUACUCGGCUCUUUGUCAUUCUGCUUCUUUAAGAAUGUAGAAGUGAUUAAUGCACCUUUUUAAAAAAAAAAACACAAAACAAAAAUUGCAAGUAGCUGUUUUGUUUCUGUUAAUCUGAUGUUAAUCACUCGAUUCAUCGUUUGGUUCAAAAACUGUCAAUAUGUUUGGAAAUGUUGAUCAGUUUUGUCCACAAACCUACGGAAGAGUGUGACGGCCGCAGUUCAAAAAAUAAAGAAGAAAACCGCAUGAAAUUGGAAUUCUAAGAACUUUUGGAAUUAUGAAAUUAAAUUCAGAAAAUUGGAAUUCUGAGAUUAAAUUAAGAAAAUUGGAAUUUUAAGAAAAUCAGAAUUUUGAGAUUUAAUUAAGAAAAUCUGAGAUUAAAUUGGAAUUUUGAGAUUAGAUUAAAUCGGAAUUCUGAGAUUAUGUUAAAGUUGGAAUUCUGACUAUAUUAAGAAAGUCGGAAUUCUGAGACUAAAUUCAGAAAGUCAGAAUUCUGAGGUUACAUAAAGAAAGUCGGAAAUUCUGAUAUUAAAUUAAGAAAGUUAGAAUUCUGACAUUAAUCUCAGAAUUCAUGCUGUUUUUUUUGUUUUCUGUCUUUACUUUUUUACAUGUUAAUACACAAACCAAAAUGAUUCAGUGUUGAAUAAUUUCUCUGUUUUAUGGAACAAAGAAAUGUGAAAAUAUUCACAUUUAAGAAGCUGAAAAAUCACAGAAAAUUAUUUUAAAAAAACCACUUAAAUAGGUGACAGUUAAUUUAGUAAUCGGUUAAUAACCGAUUAGUCGUUGCGGCCCUUGUUGUUUGUGAGAUUGUUCAACAUGUGACUUUAAAUUAUGAAUAGCUAGUUUUUUCUUGACAAAAACUGAUGUUGGAACUAAAGUAAUCUGCUUCUUUUGUGGUUAAAAUAAUAAAAAAUGAUUAAAAGUCACUUUUAUCUUGUAAAUAAUUAAAUCUCAUUUCUCGAAACCGCAAAAAAAAGAAACUUUUUCUUUACUGUGUUCUACCAAUGGUUAAAGGGAUAGUUAAGCGUCGUUUAAUGAGCACUGAGUGCCCCCUGCUGCUGAGAACCAUCACAGCGAAAACAGGGGACACAUGGACAAUUAAUGAAGUUUUCAAAUCAAAACAAAAAUUGCAGAAAGGCUUACAUUUAUUUCUUCUAUUUACGAAUAACCUUCAAGUUCUCGUCCUCGCAGUACAGAACAGAGUUGUGCUUUGUUGAUAAUAUGGGAUAUUAACUCAAUAUUAAAUUAAAUUAAAUUAAAUUAAAUUAUACACAAAUCUAAUGAUAUUUUAAAAACAUGUUUACUCACUCUCCCACACCAAAGUCCAUAGAGAAAAUUAGUGAUUUUAGCUGGCGGGGACAAAGGAGCUGCUGGUCUACUGCUGCCUUGUGUGGUCACUUUGUGUCAUUAUUGCAAAUGUUGAAUUUUAAACGCCGCAUUCACAAAAUAAGAUAUGUGAACUUAGUGAUGGAGGCAGCAGUGGAUCAACAACUCCUGUGUGUCUGAUGUAAAAUCACUGAUUUUCUCUAUGAAGUUUGGUGCAGGGAGUGUAGAAAAUGCUGUCAAACAGCAAAAUAAAGCCUCAUACAACCACGCUAUAUAAAAAAAGUAUUCCUAAAGUAUUCCACACUGUGGAUUGUAACAGGAUUGUUUCUAUUAAUCAUUUUAAAAAAACAUAUUAGAUUGAAGUUUAUCGCAAAGCCCGUUAGUGGUUAGAAGCUGAAAGUGGUUUGCGUGGACUCUGUCAGUGUCACGUCUGUCGUGGUUCUCGUGAUGCAUUCACUGUCACCUGCUCUGCCACUGCCAUUAAAACACUCAGCCAAAGCUGCAUUCAAGUGCAAGGGAGAGGUGUGUGUGAUACAAAUCUAUGUAUUAACUGAAUGUGCGCCGCAUGCAUUUACGACAAAGACUUCAUUUGCGUCAUUAACGCAAUGAAUAAACAUGAUUGUGUGUCGUUGUUUAGGUUUAGAUCCGUUCUGCUCGCACAGCGUCACCAAGUUUUCUGUCUUCGGUUUAAAUAUUUGAACAAUCGCAAAAGUCACUCAGCGCUGACAUUCUUCCAACAUAAGAAUGAACGUGAAUGCUUUGAUGCGAGGCCAUUUUUUCAAGUUAUUAAAAAGUUACUUGAGCUGCGUUUUCUUACCAGGAGCUAAUGCUAAGCUAACUGUUUAUAGAGACGCAUAUUUCUGAAGACGUCCAACUUCUUUACUCACUUCCUGUCCCUCAGCUUCGGUCCUCGGCUGUCCCAGUGGACUUUGUUGUGGGAGAGUGAGAUACAACGACUUACCCAGGGCUAAUGCUAAGCUAACUUUGUUCGUAGUGAUUUGUCCUCAACUGUACUCUGAGGACCUUUGUUGUGGGACAGUGAGCAGUUGCUUCAUUUGCUUUCAAUUCAAGAUGCGACUUCUGACUUGAUGCUAAUGCUAAGAUAACAGUGACAUGUAAUUUCAAGAUGUAAUCGAGACUUUGUCCAACUCUGUCCAUCCUCAGCUGUCUUUACAUUUCCAGAUGUGCCGACAUUGCUUACGUUAACAUUGACUGUUUUUUUUCGUUGACUUUGUGACUUCUCUUGUUGAACUCCGUCGUACGAUAUAAAACGCAAAAUAUACAAAAAUAUACUUUUGAUUUCACCUGCAGCUGUAUCAUUUGCCUUUUUAACGUCCGUGACAUCGUCAUCCUGCACAAAAAAACAUUGUUUUCCGUUAUUGUUCAUGAACGCAAAGUAGAAGUUUAAUCGCAUAUUAAUUUUCCAAAACAACGUUAAAAAGUAUUAUUGACGUUGUACUGUGUGUGAGAGAGUGCUCGCGUGUGCUAUCUUUCGUUUUCUUAAUUGCGUUAAGUUUCACCACGUUCAGUUUUGUCUGACAUGAGCCACUUUCACGACUCACCGGUUUUAACUGAAUGUUCGUUUUUAGUAAGAUUUUUAAAUUGUCGUUAGUUUUCAUGCUCUCGGUCACGUGAUCACGUAACGUCAGCCAUCUCAAACCUAAGCCUUUGUGAAACCGCGGCUCUUUGGUGUAUUUUGGUGUCUUACGUGUUUACGUGUGACGCCCCAGCUUCGUCUCUCAGAUUAAAGAAAAGGGGGUUGUGGAUUAUAUAAUCUGUGAUGUGACUCGAGGAAAAGAGGUGAAAAAUGGAAAUAAAAACAUUUGUAGUGUU